CUGGCGCGUGUUUGCCCAGCUUACUGUGGACCUACAUAAAGUCAGCAGAUCUGACGCCUCGUUGUAAGCCCUUUCUUCCAGUUCCUUUCCCUAACACCAGAAAUUCAAUCAUGGCAUCGUUCUUCCGUCGUCCUCCCAAUAAUACGUGGUCUGACCACCUACUUUUGAAACUGGCUAAUAUUGCUGGAGCGCUUUUCGUUAUGGGAGCAAAUGGCUACACAGUUAUUUCUCCUCUGGAUGUCUACUACACAGGGAAAGAGACGUACUUUACCCCUGCUCCCUGGGCAUACUUCCUUUGGCCUGUGAUUCACUUGCUGGUCCUUGGAACAUGCACCUACCAGUUCUCCGGACGGGGUAAGGAGCUCAUUAUCGACAUCAUCGGCUGGAAUCUCCCGCUUCUCGAUUUCAUGAAUGCUAUGUACAUUUAUUCCUGGACCAACCAGGAGUACAAAUAUGCUUUGGUUUUCAUGAUAUUUACUGGUUCAGUUGUAUCGAAAAUUUACCGGCUUGUGAAGGCGAGCACUGUACGCAACAUCUGCGACGAACUCUUCCUGCAUCUUCCAUUCUCCCUCUAUCACGGCUGGACGACAUGCUUGAUCUUCAGCACCGCCUUUGCGGCUUUUGGUGUGAAUGCUGAAAUUGAGCCGGAGGAGUUCUGGACCAAAGUUUUUGUCCUCCUUAGCCUGUUCGUCCUCCAGACUAUUGCAUCCGCCUAUGCGUACGCGUCUACAGAGGGCGACCUUCCUGCUUGUCUUGCGGUCUCCUGGUUCAUAUGGGCUAUCUUUGUACACCAGACGCCGGAAAAGUCUCCAUUUGUGCAUUGGUGUGCGCUUGGAGCUGCUAUCCUGUCGUUGUGCUGGCUCAUGCGGAGUGCAAUCGGUUUGGAGCUUAAGAUCAGGACCAGAAACGCUAAUAAUGUUAGGUUUGGAUUUGGUGCUGCUAAUGACCACGAGGGCUCUCGACUUUUGGGGGGGCAUUAAGUGGAGGAAACAGCACCGCAAGUGUUGGGCGUUGCGCCCUGUGGCGAGGAACACAUGUAGUUCUUUCUCUUUCAACUCUAUCUUUGUAUAUCAUAUGGAUUCGAAUAUAUGUUUGUGUUUGUAAUAGUGGACAGUCCUUGUCAACAUUUCAUUGAUGUUACAUAAUUUAUUAUGUUUCGUGCACUUAUGCAAGACGAGCAUGGCUAAAACGUACAACAGAAAAAUGAAAGCCUUAAAUAAGGAUCGAAAUAAACCGCUGCCUUGAAGUCAACUU